AAAUUCAACGAAACAAAAAACGUGUAUGUGAGUGCAAAGUGUUGUUCGCAAGGUAUAAAUGUGAGAGAGCGAGCGAGCGAGAGAGAAACAGCUAAAGCGAAUUAAUAAACUCUCAAUUGUCGCCUGUGGUAGUGUCGUGUUAUUUUCGCCGUACGCCGCCGUCUGUUCUGGGGCGAACCUCGUUGUCGUCGCUGUCGUUCGUUGUCCGUUAUUGUUGCUUUUGUUGCCGUCUUAUAAUUUUGUUCGCUGCUCUGCCUUAGGCGAUAUAAUUAUUAUUUUAACGGCACUGCUUAUAUUUGCAAUGCAUAAAUUUGAAAAUUAUUGUUAAUUUAGCGAGACCAAUGACAGUUCUAUUUAACAAAAAACCAACAACAAUAAGCCACAUUACACACAUACAUGCAUAUGCGUAAGAAUUAGUCACCGUUGUUUUGUACAAACUGCUGAAACUGAAAUCCAUAAAAUACAAAGAGUUCGACGGCUAACAACAACAAAAAAGUGUACAAAUAAAAAUUAAAAAGCAAAAAGAAAAUAAAGCAAGCAAAAGUAACGGAAAGUUCAUAAACGGCAUUCUUUGCUUGUACUCUCUCACUCUUCCGUGUGGUCGUAGCCGUGGUUUGUCGUUUUGGUCGCACUAACAAUUCACAGGAAGUGCAAGCGAGAAAGCAAUACAACGAGCACAGCUGCUCGCUUCUGCACUUGAGAGAGUAGUGUGCUCCGCACUCUCACUUAAGUCGAAAAAAAAUCAGCAAGAGAGUAGCCUAAAAAUCAUAUUACAAACGACGCGACCUACUCUAAAAAAAAGGCUUCUUGGUCGAGAUUUUCAAAUAGGCGACACAUAAAUAAAACUAAUUAAGGACUAUUAAGAGACUGUUAACAAGGAACAACAAACAAAACAAGUAAACAAAAGGAUAAUUACAUACACACGCUAAAUAUUUAAACAACAAAGGAGAAAGAACGGAAGACUAGAUAUAAUUAUAACAAAAGUUAAUAUAAUCAUAAUAAUAAUCAAAACUUAAUUUAUGAAACAACCAAGAGCAAAUAAUUGAACAGCGAAAACAACAAGAACAGCAACAAUUCACUUCUAGCCUUAUAUACAUCAUUAUCAAAAAAAACAAAAACAAACCAACAACAACACCAUUAGCAUAUGUAUUAGCAUAAGGAAGCAACAAAAAGCAAAGAGCGAGCAACAAUAACAAAAUUUAAGACGAGACAAUUACAAUAUUAAGCUGACACAACAAUAACAGCGGCUGUUAAACACGCAUUGCUGUAAUCAAAGCAACAGCAACAGUAACAUUAACAGCGCCAGUUAACAGCGGGCGGCAAUGCAGACCCAGCAGCAAGCGCUUUAGUUACAUUACAGCAGCAGAGUCACAAUCAAAAGCAAAACAGAGAGAGAGAGAGAGAUAGGAAGCGAGAACGACGGAACGCCAGCUGAGUAGUGCGAGUGCGUGAGCGAGUGAGCGGGGUGGUCUGAUGCAAAAUAAUAUGGUGAGCAUACCAACGGCCAAUAUGAACGGCGGUCUUAAGGCGGCAAACAGUAGCGGAGUCGGCGUCGGUGUGAGCAGCAGCGUCUUGGCAAGUGCGCAACGUGUUUAUUUGGCGCCCGGCAGCAGAAUCGUUAACACCAGCAACAGCAGCAGCAGCAAUCUGAUUGCAACGACAGCGGCAACCGUGUCGGGAGCAACAACAACCAACAGCAAUAAUCCCAAUGGCGGCACUGUGCGCUAUUUUUCGCAGUUUAGCAAACAGCAGCUGAGCGCCAGCGUCGGCGUCGUUGGUGGCGUUGGCGUUGGCGUUGGUGUUGGUCAACGCAAGCUGCUCAAUGGUGAUACUAUGCUGGUGGUAAAUGGCAGCAAGCCGCUGAUCUUUGCCACACCAAUUAACAAUAAUAACAAUAACAACAACAACAGCAUCAUAAGCAGCAAUAACAGUUUUAAGCUGACAGCGGCGACAACAACAGCAACAGCAACAACAACAGUUCCUAACGGCAACAGGCUGUUAAUUAACAAGCAACCAUUGCAACUGCAGCAGCAGCAGUCGCUACAAACAACAACUGUGAUUGGUAAUGAUGAGGAAUUCGAUCAUCUGGUCGAAGUAGAUGAAGAUGAGGCAGCGGAAACGCCAACUGCGCUGCUGGAUGCUGCUGCCGAGCAGCAUGUUAAGCCAAUGCAGGAACACGCCGAAGCGCUGCUAACAGGCGCCAACGCCAGCAGCAGCAUUACGCCCACUCUGAAGACAACAGCGGAUACCGAGGCGGAGCCCGAACUGGAUAUUGUAAUCAACAAUGUCGUCUGCUCCUUUAGUGUGCGCUGUCAUCUCAAGCUGCGCGACAUUGCGCUCAACGGCUCCAAUGUGGAGUAUAGACGAGAGAACGGCAUGGUCACCAUGAAGCUGCGACGACCCUAUACAACUGCUUCCAUUUGGUCUUCGGGCAGAAUCACCUGCACAGGCGCCACCUCCGAGAUACAGGCCAAGAUUGCUGCACGUCGCUAUGCGCGCUGUUUGGCCAAAUUGGGUUUUCCCACGCAUUUUCAAAAUUUUCGCAUUGUCAAUGUGCUGGGCACCUGCAGCAUGCCCUGGGCCAUAAAGAUUGUCAACUUCUCGGAGCGUCAUCGCAACAAUGCCAGCUAUGAGCCGGAGCUGCAUCCGGGCGUCACCUACAAAAUGCGUGAGCCAAAGGCAACGCUUAAGAUCUUCUCCACGGGCAGCAUAACGGUGACAGCCGCCAGCGUAAAUGAUGUCGAGUCCGCCAUACAGCAUAUUUAUCCAUUGGUGCACGAAUUCCGCAAGCAACGCUCGGCGGAGGAGCUGCAGCAUUUGCGUGCAAAGCAGCGACAUCUGCAUGGUGGCGGCGGCGGCGGCGGCGAUGCCAAUGCCAAUGUCAAUGAGCUGGAGAAUCAAGCUGUCGAGCAGGCCAAGCUGGCGGGCAAGGAUGAUAUAUUUGUCAACAGCAAUGCUGCCGCACAUAGCGCUGCCGCCAAAGCUUCGGAUGCGCCUGCCACGCUCGCUGCUACGCCGUUGAACAAUAUGCGACGCCUGGAGCAGUACAAGCAAUUUCAUCAGCUGCAGGAGCAGACGCUGCAGCAGCGACGCCACAUACCCUUUACGGGCAGCGCUGAUAGCAAAGCAACAACAACAGCAGCAACGACGACGACGGCCGCCGCCAACAGCAAUAGCAACAGCAGCAGCAGCUGCAGCACCGACAAUAUUUGUGCCAAUGCGCGUCGUCGCGCCACAGAAUGUUGGGCCACCAAACUGCAAAAUAAACGUCCGCGCUACAAUGAUUAUACCUCAACGGGGAAUUUACAUAAUAAUAAUAAUAAUAAUAAUAAUGCCAGCAGCAACAAUCUGUCGCUGGCGUCAGCAACAACAACACAACAACAACAGCAACGCACUGCCAAUGUUAACGUUGCCGCCACCGGCGCGAACAUUAUUAACACCACCAACAUUAGCAACAAAAUUCACAUUAACAAUCAUCAGCUGCUGCAGCCCAAUGCCAAAUUGCGUCAGAAUGUUGUAGUGAUGCGAGCACGCAAUGCAACAACCACCACGACAACAACUGCAGCAGGCAUAGGAAUGGGCAUGGGCAUGGGCACAGCCACCAUAGUGCGUGCAGCUAGCAGCGCUGCUGUUGGCGCUACAGUUUAUAAGCAGCAGCAGCAGCAGCAGUUGGUGCAAACGUUUUCGCCAGCGGACUUUCAGGAUGUAGAUGAUUUGAUUGAGGAGGAUGUCGAGGAUGAGCUGGAGGAUAUGCACUUUUGAAAGAGCCGUGCUAUAAGUUCGCUUAUGCCAGCAAUUUGUCAAUGCUAAAAGUUGCCUGCCAAAUGCCAAAAAUAUAUACAAAAAACAUAUAUACAAAAAGCAAAAGCAAUUGCGUGUGUGUAUGUGUGUGUGUUGCUGUUGCUGCUGCUGCUGCUGCUGCUGCCAUCUUAUUGAUGAUUGCCUGUGGUCUUCUAUACACUCGAAAUAAGCUUAGUAUAACAGCAAUAUAAGAGUAGCAAGCACAACAAACAAACAAAUACACACACACACACACACACACACACACUUAUAUAGUUAAACAA